UGCUAAACGAAACAUAACUAUAGAUACUUGUCAAUUACCAAAAUAAAAGAAAGAAAUUCCAAAUUCUGUUUACUGCCGCUAUGCGAAAAACAAUUCUUUUCUUUAUUUUGACCUCGCUUUUGUAUUGGGAGAGGCUUUCUUGCAAAAAUUUUGUGGAAGUUGAAGAUGACCCGAACACUCUUAUUGUGGACUUACGGGAAUGUGAUGAAAUAGAAAAUUCCGAACGCGUUUGUGGUAAUGUCAACAUCCCCCUCAAAACGUUAAGGAACGUCUUUAAGACGAUGUCGAGCGAUCAAUUCUUGAAACACUUCGGACUCCCAAAGCCAGGCUAUGAUUCGGCAAUAAUAUUCUUCCAUUACUCUCCGAAAAAGUCCUUUCAAGCUUCGAGCAUUAUGGAAAAUAUGGGAUACAAGAAUCUACACGUCUACGAUGGAACUAACAACGACCAAGGUAUCACAAAACGUCCUAUGUCAGUGGUAGGUUACGAGGACGUGGUGCAAGUAGAAGGCGACCCCGAGGUGCUCAUUGUGGACGUCCGUGAUCGACAUGAAGUGGCAAAUAGUGGACGCAUUCGGGGUAGCGUCAACAUACCGCUUGCGGAGCUUGAGCUGGCUUUUAGUCGGAUGUCAGAAACAGAAUUCAAAAAAAAUUACGGAAGGUCAAAACCCGGUCGGGAUUUCCCCAUUGUGUUCAGUUGUCAAGCUGGCGUGCGAUCUACGCAAGCCAUGAGAAUUAUGCAACGGAUUGGCUAUAAAAAUUUGUACAAUUAUUCGGGAGGAUGGCAAGACUAUAAGGCACGGAAAGGAUGGAAAUGAACACACUCAACCUUGUAAAGUUUUAUUAAUAAUUAAGCACUUUAAUUAUUUUCGCAGACAAUAAAUAAUUAAUAGUUUUGGGGUUUUAAGUAUUUAAAGAUGGUCCAUAUUUCGAGAAGAUUUAACGUUUCAACUCUGAUAUCAUUCGACAAGAAAAUGGAAUUUGUGAAUCUCAUCAAUUAAGAACAUUAUUGCGGCUGCCUUGAGCUUGAAUGUAAUUAAUUUUGUAAUUUUGAUUACACCCGUUAAAUUGUUAUCAUUUGGUAGUACCUAGCCUCCGAAAUGUGAUUAGAAGGGUUUUACAUUUCCUUGAACACAGUUUUGCUUAACAAAAUUGUCCUAUGCAAAGAGAAUUUUGGCAGUGAAAGACCCUAUUUAGGCAACUAUUUAUCCAGGCACUUCAUUACUUAAUUGUAAGUCCUUAACCGACACUUUCAUUUAUACCUAACGGCCAUUAACAACUUAUUACAUUGUCAAGGGAUAAUGCCCAUAUCAUCAAGAAAUGCAUUAUUUUAUACACCGUGGUUAAUAAAGAUCGAAACAAUAAAAUAUUGGAAGUAAAAAAAAAGAAAAUGUG